GUGCCACCUGUCAGUGUCCAUCAGUCAGUGCUCAUCAGUGCCACGUGCCAGUGCCCAUCAGUGCCACCCAUCUGUGCCAGUCAGUGCCACCUAACAAUACCUAUCAGUGCUGCCAAUCAGUGCCACCUAUCAGUGCCAGUCAGUGUGGCCUAUCAGUGCCGCCUAUCAGUGCCAGUCAGUGCUGCCUAUCAGUGCCGCCAAUCAGUGCCAUAUAUCAGUGUCAUGUAUCAGUGCUGCCUUUCAGUGCCUAUCAGUGAUGCAUGUCAAUGCCCAUCAGUG